AUGCUCCCCGCCCGUGCAGGAGCGACACCUUCCCCGUCAGAAAGGCACUGCUGCAUCAUCGAAGUUGCUGAAAUUCCCAUGCAGAAGGAAAGAGCUCCCCUCCCCCGCCACCGUCUCUUUGUUCUCCUGCAGGAUUCUCAAUUCCAAAAAGUCACACAAACCUUCUCCCCCAUGUCCGUCUCAGCACUCCGGUGCAGAUAUGCGGCGCCGGUGAUGAACUCCACGACCAGACGGGUGGUGUGCCUCGCCGCCGCACCGAGCUCCCGGUUCUUCGCCGGAUCCCCCUCCACAACCAUACGCCGGUCCUACGCCGUAACAUCCGGGGGCGGCUCUGCUGCCUUUCAGGUCUUCAACCGGCGCACAAAAUGGCUGCAAAAGGAGCGCGCAGCAUCGAAUCCCGAGGCCAGCCGGCAAGCAGAUUACCUCAAAGAUGAAGUCGCAAACCGGCUGUGCGAGAGGUUACUGGACAUCAAACGAAGCUUUCCCCGCGCCCUCGACCUAGGCGCAAACUCCUGCAACGUAGCCCGCGCCCUCACCCGCGAGAACCCAGACCCGGACCCCUCGAAACCAAUCUCGGAGCCCCUCGCCACACGCAUAGGCGAGCUCGUCGCCGCAGAGUCCUCCCACACCCUCCUCCACCGCGACGCCGACCUCCCCUUCAACAACGACAUCUCCAUCACCCGCACCGUCCUCGUUGACGAGGAACACGUCCCCUUCGAACCCGCCUCCUUCGACCUCGUCCUUUCCUCCUUGUCCCUGCACUGGAUCAAUGACCUUCCUGGUGUCCUGACGCAGAUCAACAACGUCCUCAAGCCAGACGCUCCCUUCAUCGGCGCCAUGCUCGGCGGCGAUAGCCUCUUUGAGCUGCGCACAUCGCUCCAGCUCGCCGAGCAAGAACGUCGCGGCGGCAUAUCCCCGCACGUCUCGCCCCUCGCUGACGUCCGCGACGUGGGCGGCCUGAUGCAGCGCGCCGGCUUCAAGAUGCUGACCGUCGACGUCGACGACAUUGUCGUAGACUACCCAGACACCUUUGCGCUCAUGCAAGACCUGCAGGCCAUGGGCGAGGGCAACGCCAUCCUCGGCAGGGAAAUGGGCGCCAUAAGGAGGGAGGUGCUGCUGGCCAACGAGGGCAUCUACAGGGAACUCCACGGCAACGAGGACGGGAGCAUCCCCGCCACGUUUAGAAUCAUUUACAUGAUCGGGUGGCACGAGGGCGCCGACCAGCCCACGGCGCUGCCGAGAGGAAGCGGAGACAUGAACCUCAAGGACAUCUUAGAGUCCAAUUAG